AUGGAGAGUGUUGCAGCUACAUUAGUUCAGUCACGAAUCCGUGGGUAUAUAGUCCGUCGUUUACACAACAAGAAUACACUUUUUCGGCGAUACUGUGUGAUUAAGGAGUUAAGUGAAACUGAAGUUUCCUUCACUGAAAGUAUGCGGAAACUCUACAUGUAUUUUGAAAAGCCAUUAAAAGAGUUGAGUCAUAAACCCGGUUGUGUAGUUAUCCCCGAGUUACUCAUAGGAAGUGUUUUUCCACGUGUUGAAAAAGUCUUUAUCAAUGGGUGUGUUAUAAGCAAUGCGUUGGAAGACUUAAAAGUCCAUUGGAAAUACGACAACAUGGUCACUCCGACUCUAAAGAAGUGUUUAAACUUGUUACUGCCUUUAUCUGAAUAUACAUUACUCUUCGAGUCACAGAAGAAAUGUCUACAAACAGCAAAUAAGAUACGUGGGUUCAAGGAGUUUGUCAUACGGCAAUCGAUGCACAAAGAGUUGUUGAACCUUUCAUUCAAUGAUCUUACUAUCAUGCCAGUACAACGGUUAAUGCGAUAUCCUAUACUCAUCAAAGAACUCAUUAAAGCGACUCCACAGACACACCCCGAGUACAACGAAAUUAUUAAAACACAAGAACUCUUUGAGCGCUUCAUAGUGAAUGUAAAUAAUGAGAGUAAAAUGCACGACUACAUGUUAGAAGCAUCUUCAUGUGUAUGUUCUGUGGAAAACAUGGUUCAGUCGUGGAGGUGUUGUUUGUUCUAUGGACUGGCCUUAGUUAACUCCCCAACAAAUUAUUCAUAUGUCUUUGUGUUUAACGACCGAAUCGCUUAUUAUAACGAUAUUUGUAUGUUCUCAUUCGGUAAGAAGAAGAGGUACUAUUUGAGACAUUCCAAUUCACAAGUCAUUCGAUUUAUAGACGUCAAAAAAUUUGGUCCAUCUGCCGACACACCAAGACAAUAUGAAAUAUACAUUGGAGAAUCAGUCGACUUCAUUACUAUCCCACCAGAAGAGAAUUACGAACAGUGGACAAACACCCUCAACACCGCGAUAAGUCAGUUUAGUAAGGACUAUAAGAGGUACUAA